AGGGAUUAGGGGGAGAGGAGGAAGAGAAGAAGAGGCUGCUCCAGCCUGGAGAUCCUGUGAAAGGAGGAAAAGAAGAACAGUAUCCCAACACACACAGUUUGGCUCCAGUAUCCCCCAAGAUGGCCACCAAUGUGGGAUCAAUGAUUCAAUAUUGGAAGCGGUUUGAUCUGCGGCGGCUGCAGAAAGAGCUGAACUCCCUGGCGUCGGAGCUGGCUGCACGGCAGGAAGAGAGCGAACAUUCCCACAAGCAGCUUAUUGAACUCAGCCGUGAGUUUAAGAAAAAUGUCCCAGAGGAAAUCAGAGAAAUGGUAACUCCUGUCCUGAAGAGUUUUCAAGCAGAGGUUGUUGCUCUUAGUAAAAGAAGCAAGGAAGCAGAAGCGGCCUUCCUGAGUGUAUACAAGCAAUUAAUUGAAGCACCAGAUCCUGCUCCUCUGCUGGAAGCAGCUCGUGGCUUAGAGGACCGGUUGCAGCAACUUCAGCGCAUCGAUCCUGAGAAUAAAGCUGUGAAAGAAAUCAGUCGCCACUGGAAAAAAUAUUCUGACUUCCUUUCUGCUGCUAAAGAGCGGAAAGAGGGAACCGUUCCAGCAGGGAUCCCGCUGCAGAGGGAGGAAGCCUGGCACUGUACCAUUAACAGCAAACUCUUUUCCACGGACACCUUUCAACAGAGAAGCGAGGCAGAAAGCGAAAAAGGCCUACAGGAAGCACAAAUCACAUUGGCUGUCAGACUUGGUGAGGCUGAGGAGAAGAUCAAGGUUCUUCAUUCAGCGCUGAAGACAACACAGAGAGAGCUGCUUGACCUGCGGUGUCAAUAUGAUAAAGAGACAGCCUCUAAGACAGACGAAGUGGGCAUGAUAAUGACCAAUCUUGAAAAAGCCAAUCGGAGAGCAGAAGCUGCUCAGAGGGAGGUUGAGAGUCUCAGGGAGCAAUUAUCAUCUGUUAAUAAUUCCAUUAGACUGACCUGUUGUUCUCCACAAGCAUCCAGUGGGGACAAAGACAGCUUCUCCUUGUGUUCAGGAUCUCACCUAGAAGCAGCAUUGGCUGUCAAGGACAGAGAAAUUCUCCGACUCCUAAAAGACAUUCAGCACUUCCAGAACUCUAUUCAAGAGCUAGAAGAGUCCUCAGCCAACCAGAUUGCAGAACUCGAACAACAACUUGUCAUUAAAACAGAAGCCAUAGAGAAGCUGGAAGAGAAGUUACGGCGUCAGUCGGAUUAUGAAGAAAUUAAAACUGAACUAAGCAUAUUGAAAGCAAUGAAGUCAGCCUCAGCAAAUUGUACCAUUUCCCAGGAAAAUUCCACACCAGAGGAUUCCUUGUUGAUAGAAAAAGAGACAUUCUUCCCAUCUCAGACUUAUGUAUUAGAGAAGCAGCGCAUUCUACCCAGCAAUGAGGAGGAUCAGUCGGAGGAUGACUCUAUGAAACAAAGCCUUGGAGCUGAGAGACCCUAUUCCUCUUCCCCUCGGACAUCGUUCCAAACAAGAGAUGGAGUGGUUACGCCAAGCUCUUCUCAGUGCCUGCAGGAAGCAGCUGCUCAUGUUGGCCAAAGAACUAUCUCCUCUACCUUCCCCAACACUAGUGAGCAGCUGCCCGGAGAGGUACCAUUAAAGAAGCAUAUGGUGUCACCAGUGCUCAAGAGUGAAAAUAACACCAUGCUAUCCUUCCCUUCCUCAUUCUACUCAGUGAAGUCCACCAUACUGCCCAACCACCUUUCGGCCACUGUAAAUAAUGACUCCAGCCCUCUCAGUGAUCAAUCUGAGGCGAGCAGUUCCAGCUCUGCAGAUGAAGAACAUAUAGACACCUCUGAAAUUGCUUUCCAAGUUAAAGAGCAGCUGCUAAAACAUAAUAUUGGACAACGUGUCUUUGGACAUUAUGUUUUGGGCCUUUCCCAGGGGUCAGUGAGUGAAAUCCUGGCCCGACCCAAACCCUGGAGGAAGCUAACUGUUAAAGGAAAGGAGCCUUUCAUUAAAAUGAAGCAGUUUUUGUCUGAUGAACAGAAUGUCCUGGCACUGAGAACCAUUCAGGUGCGACAGAGAGGAAGCAUUACACCAAGAAUUAGAACUCCAGAAACAGGUUCAGACGAUGCCAUAAAAAAUAUCCUGGAACAAGCAAAAAAGGAGAUUCAGUCACAGAAAGGAGGUGACACAAAAGGCUCAAAUGCUCCUUUAUCAUCAUCUUCCAGCAUAACCAGCAGCUCAGAGGAUGCAAUUAAGAGUAUCUUGGAGCAGGCAAGAAGGGAAAUGCAGGCUCAACAGCAGGUGCUGUUAGAAAUUGAGUCAGGCAACGGGCAUCGGUCCAUGAACACCCCACCAGCAGAACGACCUAUCCUUACACCAUCAACACACAAUGCUGCUCACAUCCAUAUUAAACAGGAAGAGGGUACCUUUAUUACCAGCGCUGCCUCCAUCCAGACCCCACUAAGUGUGCUCUCUCCUGCAGCUUUUGUGCAGAAUAUAAUACGCAAAGUGAAGUCAGAGAUAGGUGACGCAGGGUCAUACUUUGACCAGCACUGGGCAACAGAAAGAAACCUCUUAAGUCGCCCCUUAAUGUCAGUUUCCCCAUCGCUGUCAUCAUCUUCUUCCAGUUACUCAGGUAUGAUCAAUGGCAGACCAUGGAGACGAGCAGAUACCUGUGAGACCGCUCCCAGUGAGGAAGAAAUAACAACAGCUGAAGAAGCACACAAGGUGGUGGAGGUGAAGACCGAAGCUGGAAACCUUGACCAACAAAACAUGAAUCGCCUUUCUUAUUAUCCUGCCUACGUACCAAGGAAUCUCAAGCCCACAGUACCGCCUCUGACUCCAGAACAGUAUGAGAUGUAUAUGUACAGAGAAGUUGAUACACUGGACCUUACUAGGCAGGUCAAGGAAAAGUUGGCAAAAAAUGGCAUUUGCCAAAGAAUCUUUGGAGAAAAGGUGCUUGGAUUAUCCCAAGGUAGUGUGAGUGACAUGUUAUCCAGGCCCAAACCAUGGAGCAAACUCACCCAAAAGGGUCGUGAGCCCUUCAUUCGCAUGCAGCUUUGGCUAACUGAUCAACUGGGCCAAGGAAUCACUCAGCAGCCAGCCCUGUCUCAAGGUACCUUAAGUCCCUCUGAGACUCACUCAUCUCCAUCACCAUCGCCAAGCCCACCAGAACAGGAGAAGAGCCCCCUGCUCAUCUUAAGCCUGGAGAGCACUAAAGAAAACCUCCAGCCAGAGAGCAGGCCUGCUUCUUCACUCAGUGGGAGGAGCUUUCCAAAUCAUCAGGCCACAGGCAUCCAGGAAAUGGUGGCCAUGUCUCCUGAGCUAGACACCUACUCCAUCACCAAGAAGGUUAAAGAGGUGCUGACAGACAAUAACUUAGGUCAGAGGUUAUUUGGAGAGAGCAUCUUGGGCCUUACACAGGGUUCCGUAUCGGACCUUCUGUCCAGGCCCAAACCAUGGCACAAGCUGAGCUUGAAGGGCCGAGAGCCAUUUGUACGGAUGCAAUUAUGGCUGAGCGAUCCUCAUAACAUUGAAAGGCUUAGAGAUAUGAAGAAAAUGGAGAAGAAAGCUUACCUAAAGCGUCGCUAUGGCCUUAUCAGUGGAGGCUCGGACAGCGAAUCUUCCAACACUAAAACAGAGUGUGCAAGUCCGAGCCCCCAACCGCAAGAAUACAGUCACCUGCAGAUGAAAAAGCCCAGGGUGGUGCUGGGGUUAGAAGAAAAAGAAACACUGAAGAAAGCUUAUCAGCUGGAGCCUUACCCAUCACAGCAAACUAUUGAGCAGCUCUCAUUUCAACUUAACCUCAAGACAAACACAGUCAUUAACUGGUUCCAUAACUACAGGUCACGCAUGCGCAGGGAGAUCCUGAUAGAGGGUCAGCAGGACAAUGACACUGAUCAAGAGCCAAGCAGCUGUGAUAGUUUCACAUCAGUAUGUACCUUACACAGGGAUCCAGCUCUGCACAGCCUGGCCUCUGAAGGUGUUGAUAGAAAACCAGUAGUUUGUGACAUGGAUCACCUAAUGCACAACGAUGGUUGCACUGAAGAGAGAGGGGCUACAAGGGAAAUUAAGAAAGAGAACAUAGAAGAAGGAGAAGAAGAAAAGGAUGACUCUUCUAAACGUUGUGAUUCUUGUAGCUCUGAACACACAUUGUGUUGUGAAACAGAUCCAAGCAGAAUGCAUAGAGAAGAUGAAGCUGCCCAACACUGUGUCGACCUUCAGAGACCACAUUAUCUAAGAAGAAGCAGUUCUUUUUAUGAUAAGUUGCGUCCUUCUAGUGCGCAUGACUGUUCUCAUAAGGAAAUUACAAACCCAGAACGGUCACAGACUGACCCAAUUAGCUUUAAAUCCACAGCAGAAUCUUCACGAAGCAGCCUGGAAGUGUCUCUAAACUCUCCUUCAGCUGCCUCCUCUCCUGGCCUAAUGAUGUCUGUGUCCCCUGUCCCUACUUCCUCUGCGCCCAUUUCUCCAUCCCUGCCUAACACUGUUUCAGUAAAACUUCAUAAACUGAACACUGCCAGUGACAAUGCCCCAUUACACCUAUCCAUAAAACAUAGUCCCAACAACCAGAGGAGAAAUGAGAAGAUGGCCAAUUUAAAUAACAUUAUCCACAGGCUCGAGAGAGCAGCAAAUAAGGAGGAGACCCUGGAAUGGGAAUUUUGAAAAAUAACCUAAAGACACAGUAUCUUUUUGUAACAAACUGGAACCAAGUAAAGCAGAGUGCUUGCAGAGAACAUAUAUGGGAUAAUUUAUAUUUUAUGGUUCUUGUUUUGUGAAGUAGAAGCUUAUGAGAACAAGAGUUUAGAAAACAAACUACUUCCAAAAAUUCCAUGGAAUGAAAAAAAUAUUGACUUUGUUUUCAUGUUAAAAAGUAAUUCUUUUAGAAGAAAAGAUAUUUAUAAACAUUUUAGAUAUUUUAUUAAAUAAUAUUUGGAAUUUAUUACCAACCUGGGGCUGCUUUGAUAACAGAUAAUUAUAACAUGACAGAUGUGUAGCAGUGAUGGUUCCGUGUAUAGCGUGUUCCUGUAGCUUGCCACUGGAUGAGAUUAAAAUUCCGCUUAAGCCAUUGUUGAAGCACUAGAAGAAUGACCAAACAAAGUAUGUUUCAAGAGGCGUUCUAAUCCUGCAGCUGUCUCUAAGACAACCUAUUUCCCCCCAAAUGGAACAGUCUGAAAGACUCUAAAUUCCAAAUGGGAAGCCAUCAUGUGUGACUUGAUUCAUUGGUCCAUUUGAUAAAAAUCUAUCAUAUAGUUCUGUGUAGUGUUUAUAUGUUGUGGAGAUGCCAGUUGGACAGCACAGGGUCAAAACAUUAUUUCACCAAUUAUUUAAGAGGUUGAAACACAAUGCAACAUUCCUACCAACAUCCCCCACUGGUAGUUUGUCACUCACAUGGCUAUGUCCUUUCUCUCUCUCACUCUCUCUCUAGGCCAUGGGGACCUGUGGUGUCACAGUAACCAUACAGGGCAUGGUUACUUCCUUUCUAAAUUGUUUGGUAAAACAGCUGAUAGAGGGAGUACACCUGGAGAUACUUUCUUCUUGUGGGACCACUGAUAAACUUUCCUGGUGCAUGCAGUGAAAAAUAUGGACUGCCCUUGGAAAUGUAAGCAUUUGGUAGUUAUGCAGGCACAGUGUAAUAUAAGUCAGGCCGGACUGGCAAUCUAUGGAUUCUGGCAAAUGCCAGAGGGUCCACUGUAAGAGUUUAUGGACAGUUACUAUUUAGUCGGCUGUUUGGGCCACUGCAUAUUUGAAAUGCCAGGGCUUAUUUUGAAUCCCAGGCCAGGCCUGUUGUGAGGUACCCUUUGUUUUUAAUAGAAAUUUAAAAAUGGUCCCUUCACCAGAUUCUUCCUUUGCCAGUUCUAACUGCACUGAACAGUUUCUCAGUAUGUAUAGCUGCAGAUAUGAGGAUUUGCUUCAAAGAAGCCAAUCCUUCAUUUCAUUAAGAUUGUUGACAAUUAAUGCAAAUUAUAGCCAAGGGACUUGUUUUGUUGAGAAAAUGCCUCCAAAGAGCCAUUAUGGCUGAAAAUACAGGCAAGGCUGCCUGUAGCAGUCAUCCCAUGGCUCCUAAUGAUUAUGUGCUUUUCAUGAUCCACUUGGGGCAUACUCAGCUGUUCCAGCCUAUUCUCUACCACAGCAGCCCUUUACUUUUAAUACAAUACUGGGAUCCAGUAAUAUAAGCCAUGUACUAAGGUUCUAAACCAAUGUGAUGGCCACCUUAAACCAGAGAAUUGCCACUGGCAAAUAAUAAAUAAUUUCAGCACUACAAAAUUAUGGCUAUUUUUACUUAGUAGACAAUCCCUAGCUCCUUUGUGAUAUUUUAAGGUAAAUGUAUAAUGCUGAGAAAGAGUUUUCUUAUUGAAAUUCAAUAGCAUUUAAUAUUGCAAAGCUUUUUAUUAGACAGGGAACCCACUAGUCACAUGAAUACAGCUGCACCAGGGCAUUAUUAGCACUUUAUACUUAGCCUAGGAUGGGGGACCUUUGGCAGCCUAGUUGCUGAUACACCUAUGCUCACAGCUUCAGCUGCUGGUGGGAUGCUAGUAGUUAAUAAAAUGUGGAGGGGUUCAGGUUGCCCCUGACUAUACUGGGCUUUGGUGAUGUAGGAGAACCUACAGAUCUCACAGCCCUGCAUUAGAACUGUGAUCUACAUUCCAUGUAUUGUGCACUCUCCUGUGUACUAACGAGUAGGCUAAAUCACAUUUAAAGGGCAAUUAGGAUUUUCUUCCACAGUCCUUAGUAACAGAUUCUUCUUAAUUGUAUCUGCAAGGGUCUGCAUAGGUUUCUUCCCAUACUCCAAAAAAA